GCUCCAGCCCCCUCGGCCCCACCCAGCUGGGCUCCGGCCGCCGCCGUGGGCCCGCGCGCGGACCCCCGCGGCGCACGCGGGACUUGCCGGGCCGCCGGCGGAUGGCGGCGGAUGGCGGCGCCGAGGGGGCGGCCCCCCCGGCCUCUGGCGAGCUGCCGCCCAUGCAGCGGCCCCUGGACGAGAUCCUCACUCUCAGCGAGGAGGUCUACGACCUGGAGACGGUGACACGAGAGUGCCCGGAUGGGAAGGGCUCUUUCCAGGCGGUGCACCACGUGCACAUGCCAGGGUCGUUGAUGGCCGGCUCGUUCAAGUCGAAGUCGUCGACGGGAGGCGUGACCACUUACGAGGGCACGUUCCUGUGUGAUCCGCACAACGAGCGUCCGACUCCCAGCGGACAGGGCACACGGACCAAUGCGGACGGCUCCACGUACACUGGUCAGUGGAAGGACGGCUUCCCCGACGGCCGCGGCGAGCUCCGCGGCGCCAGCGGCGGCUACGUGGGCGAGUGGAAGAGGGGCAAGAAGCACGGCCACGGCAUCAUGAAGUUUGACAACGGGGACUGCUACGAGGGAGACUGGGCCCACGGGCUCUUCCAGGACAGGGGCAAGUACACGUACGCUAGCGGCGACGAAUUCCUAGGAACUUUUGAGAACGGGAUGAAGAAGCAGGGGACGUUCUACUUCGCCGACGGCCACUUGAGCGUCAGGAAGUACGAGAAGGGCUUCCUCGUCUCCUGCCAGGAGUUCAGCGUGAAGCGCCAGGCCUACCAGCCUACCCUGACCAAGGAGCAAGUGCAUGCGCCAGAGCGCAAUACCUACGGCGCGACUAUAAGCAGCGGCGCGGUGGUGUCGCCGCGCGGCAUCAGGUUUGAUCAUGGAGUAGGCGGCGCUUUGGCAUUGACAGCCCCACCUGAGUGAUGCAGCAGCGCUGCUUAUCGCGCAUGCGUGUUUAUUUCAGUGUCGGCGAAAUUGCGCAGUGUGUCUGCAUCUCUUGCCAGACGUGCCACCCUUGUUCAUCUCGGUGCCAGCACAGUUGGAACGAUCUUUAUCAGCCCAGCUGCUUAUUCUUGUCUCGGCAUUGCUUUUCCAUGCUCGCUGAUUGUGCCGAAAUCCUCGGCUAGCAGUCAUUCAGCCACAGGCAAAAACUGCCUGCGGCGUCUCUAGGACUGAAAUUGGCGCUGACGUGGCUACCAAUAUGAAAGAGACUUGCAGUCGCACGGGGUGCGCGGACAUCGAAUGACGGUGACCAGACAGAUCGUGCGGAUUGAAGAAGGGAAAGAAAAGCAA